AGCCGAAAUUAAAAUGUAGUAUUAGUACCGAAAUUAAAGGAUUAAAGGGUUAACCCUUUAAUUGUUAUUGGCCAAUAUGAAGGACGAACAGCAUGUUCCCGAUAUCUGGCGGGACUCGCUGGUGCGCUACUUGGGCUAUGCGAACGAGUUGGGCGAGUCAUUCCGCCCCAUUGUGCCGCGUCUAGUUGUUCCCUCCUACCUUGUCGCGUUCGGAUAUGUACUAGGGGACACGUUUGACAAGGCCACCAAGGCGCACGCGAAAGCUAUGGAGCAGCGAGUUUCUAGUCGCAAACGCAACGCUCUAGUGGUAGACGCAACAGUGGAUACACUAGUGUGGCAGACCAUGGCCAGUGUUGCGAUCCCUGGAUUCACUAUCAACCGAGUGGUGGCAAUGAGUUCGUUCGUGGUGCAGCGAGCAGCCAAGAACUCACCGGUAGUGCGUCGGUGGGCCCCCACUGCCAUUGGACUGGGGGUUAUUCCUUUGAUCAUCCACCCGAUUGACAGCUUCGUGGAUCUAGCGAUGGACAAGACGGUGCGCAAAUGGUCCAAUGCGUUCGUUGAUACCAUUGUCUAAUGACUCGAUAACAAGAAAAUGAACCAUUUUUUCGUGCUACUGUGUUGUUGACUCAAGAAUUAGCUA